CCUUCCCCCAGCCACCCGCGCAGUCACAACCGGUUCAGACUGGCCGGGUGCCCCGCAAAGAAGAGAAACAAGGGGGAAAACACAGGGAAAACUCCCGGGGAGGAGGAGGAGAAAGAGAAGGUGGAGCCCGCAGAAGGGGGCUGGCUCCCCCGCUCCAUGUGGCCGCCGCCGCUGCAGGGGUCGCUGGGGGCAGAGGGCGGCGGCUCCCGGGGCAGCGCAUAGCGGGACCGCUUGCCCAAUACUCCGGCAGGGGCCGGGGCCCGGACGGCCGGAUAAAUAGCCGCCCAGCCGGCCCGCAGCUGCAGGGGAGAGCCGCGGCCGCGGUCCCCGCCUUACCACCGCCCGGCCGCCCGGGGCACCGCGCCCGGAGCUGCGCCCCGGAGCCCCCGCCGAGGCCGGCACUCAGGACCUACAGAGAAACACCUCGAUUUCAUCUUACAAUGGAACUUAAAAAGUCACCUGAUGGUGGAUGGGGCUGGGUGAUUGUGUUUGUCUCCUUCCUUACUCAGUUUUUGUGUUACGGAUCCCCGCUGGCUGUUGGAGUCCUGUACAUAGAAUGGCUGGAUGCCUUUGGUGAAGGAAAAGGCAAAACAGCCUGGGUGGGAUCCCUGGCAAGUGGAGUUGGCUUGCUUGCAAGUCCUGUCUGCAGUCUCUGUGUCUCAUCUUUUGGAGCAAGACCCGUCACAAUCUUCAGUGGCUUCAUGGUGGCUGGAGGUCUGAUGCUGAGCAGUUUUGCUCCCAAUAUCUACUUUUUGUUUUUUUCCUAUGGCAUUGUUGUAGGUCUCGGAUGUGGUUUAUUAUACACUGCAACAGUGACCAUUACAUGCCAGUAUUUUGACAGUCGUCGAGGCCUUGCACUUGGCCUGAUUUCAACAGGUUCAAGUGUUGGCCUUUUUAUAUAUGCUGCUCUGCAGAGGAUGCUGAUUGAGUUCUAUGGACUGGACGGAUGCUUGCUGAUUGUGGGUGCUUUAGCUUUAAAUAUAUUAGCCUGUGGCAGUCUGAUGAGACCACUCCAGUCUUCUCAUUGUCCUUUGCCUGAAAAGACGCCUCUGGAAAAUGUACCGGAUAAAUACUCCAUUUACAAUGAGAAAGAAAAGAACCUGGAAGAAAACAUAAACAUUCUUGACAAGAGCUUCUGUGGUGAGGAAAAAUGCAAGAACAUUAUAGCCAAUGGUGACUGGAAACAGGAGAGUCUCCUUCAUAAAAACCCCACAACCGUCUCGCACACAAAAGAGCCUGAAACGUACAAAAAGAAAGUUGCAGAACAGACAUAUUUUUGCAAACAGCUUGCCAAGAGGAAGUGGCAAUUAUAUAAAAACUACUGUGGCGAAACUUUGACUCUUUUUAAAAACAAAGUAUUUUCAGCACUUUUCAUCGCUAUCUUACUUUUUGACAUCGGAGGGUUUCCACCUUCAUUACUUAUGGAAGAUGUAGCGAGAAGUUCAAAUGUGAAGGAAGAAGAGUUUAUUAUGCCUCUUAUUUCCAUUAUAGGCAUUAUGACAGCAGUUGGUAAACUCCUUUUAGGAAUACUGGCUGACUUCAAGUGGAUUAAUACCUUAUAUCUUUAUGUAGCUACCUAUAUCAUCAUGGGCCUGGCCUUGUGUGCAAUUCCAUUUGCCAAAACUUAUGUCACAUUGGCAAUACUUUCCGGGAUCAUAGGGUUUCUUACUGGUAAUUGGUCUAUUUUCCCAUAUGUGACCACAAAGACUGUGGGAAUUGAAAAAUUAGCUCAUGCCUAUGGAAUAUUAAUGUUCUUUGCUGGACUUGGAAAUAGCCUUGGACCACCCAUUGUUGGUUGGUUUUAUGACUGGACCCAGACCUAUGACAUUGCAUUUUAUUUUAGUGGCUUCUGUGUCCUGCUGGGAGGAUUUGUUCUGCUGCUGGCAGCCUUGCCCCUUUGGGAUACAUGCACCAAGCAACUCCCCAAGCCAGCUCCAACAACUUUCUUGUACAAAGUUGCCUCUAAUGUUUAGAAGAAUAUUGGAAGGCACCAUUUUUGCUGUUUUAUUUUUGCUACCACAUAGCAAAAAUAUUUUAAAUAAUUCUCAAGAGUCGAGACAUUUGUCAUAGCAAAAUUUCACUGUGGCUGACUCUGAAUUUUUUUUUUUUACACAUCCUAUUCUUUAUGUACUGUAUAUGUAGCCUCUAUGUCAUGUAUUUUUUUUUCCCUUUUUCCCCCCAAGAAGUGGGACUAUUCUGUAUUCUGUUAUUCAUUGGUUCUUAACAUUGUAAAUAUUUUGGCCAGCUGCAGAAGGCUUUCUCUAUGUAAAGAAGUAUCGUUUCUCUGCUGACUCCAUUUGUUCCACUGCAAGGCACCUAGAGGGGUCUCUUUUACUUUAAAACUGAUACAAGCACCAGGAUGGGAUAUGUGUUAAGGCCAUUAGGGAAGAAAUCAUGCUCUUCUCUGUGUUUGACUAGCUAGUAAAUAGGCUUCAAGCUAGCCAGGAAAUUAGAGCGGUUGUUAAAAUAGCCUUAACAAUUGCAGUGGAGCAAACUGGUCAUUUAAAAAAAAAAAGAUAUUUUUGCUUACAGCUACCAGUUUUCAUUAUGCAUUAUUUCAUUAUUUACUUUGAUGAAGCACCCACAUGUUGUUUAGUGCCCACUGAGCAUAAACCGUUUCAGUUCCUGAGGUGUUUGCCAAGAUGCAGGCAAACUCCAACCAGCAAAGUAGUCACCGUAGCCUAGCUUCAUGCCUGGCCACUGUAACCUUGCUCACUUUUGUUUGUCAGCAUCCACUCAGCUGGUGUUUCCCAGGAAGUGCUGAUUUUAUCUGUUUCCAAAUUGGAAAUGCAUUUUUCAACCAUUCCGUUCUGGCAAAUGGGAAACAUCCAUUUGCUUCGGGCACAGUGGGGAUGGAUUGCAAGUCUUUGCAUGUCUUCCCAAUGAAGCAUUGAUUUUCUACUGUCAGAUUUUACUACUAUCACAUUUUAAUUCAAGGGCAGAAAUAAAAAGUGAGUGAGAGUGUGAGAGAGUGUGUGUGUGUGUGUGUGUGUGCGCGUGCGCAUGUGCUCUGAGUCUGUGUGGGACAUGGGAAAGGAAAAGGGCAAUAAGGAAUUAAUACCUUCCCUUAUCCAACUUCAUAUAAUCUUAAGAAUAAUGUUUUAGGAAGAAAAUCAGUGUUAAAUAAGUCAAUUUUUUCCCCUAAUAAAUGGGUUUUAAACCGGUAUGCAUCAGAAUUCCCUAUGGAUCCUUCUAAAAAUGUAGGUGCCUGGGUACCAUGCUUAGAGAUUUCAAGUCUGUAGUUCUAGGCUGUGGCCCAUGCAUUUAUAUUUUUAACAGAUUUGUCAAGUGAUUCUGAUAACACAGCCUGGAUGGAGAAUGACUGUUAUAAGAUUGGCAAUGGAGAAACAUGUAUCCUCUUAAAUAAUCAUGAAAAAAUAAACCACAAGGGAUUUUUAUAAAUAAAUAUCCAAGUGUUCUUUAAAUAGGAGGCACUCUUCCCAUUGUGCCAAAAAUCAUCUUUUCAUUUCUUUUGAAAUACGUAAUGUUAUUUUAUACUUCUAUGUUGCCUUUCUUCGAAGGCACCUUCAAGCACUUUAUAAGCAUGAAUCCUCACAACACCUCUGUGAGGGAGGUUAAUAGUACCUUUCUAUGUAGUAAACCUGGAGCAUGGAGUAUUUCAUAGCUGAGUUCAACCUACUCAAUUACGCAAUAAUGGUAAUGGGGCUUCAGGGUGCCUUGGACUUCUGCUCCACACUCAGACUUCUGGAAAGUUUUCUGUACCUCAUUCUUUAGUCACUGUCAAAGUUAGUAAAUAAAAUAAGUGACUUUUUAAAAAAACUACAUGUUUUUGUGUUGAAAGUUCCUUUUUUUCAAUAUUAUGUUCAGGAAAUCCGAUAACCUGAAAAAGUUUGACUUUUAUGACAUCUCCACAUUCAUCAAUGUUGUUAAUUGUCCAAAUGCAUCUUCACUUUGUCUACUAAUAUUAUCCCAUGUGUGCGUUAUCUAUUGUCUAGGGGGUGAAUUUUAGGUUACAAUAAAAUAUUUGUGUUUGUUUGUUUGGCA